GUGCGGCGCAUGCGCAGCUGCUCCUCCGGCGGAGACGGAUUAUGAGGCGGCGGAGGGACCGACGAUGGGGCUGACGACGACGACGAUGAUGAUGAUGAUGAUGAUGAUGAUGAUGAUAGCGCUGCGCUGAUUCAACAAGAUCCCGAAUAAAGCCCCGACGCUUCGGUAAGAAUCCCGUGUUCAUCAGCGCCGUCAAGCGCUCCCCUCUUCAGAUCAGACGCCGCUUUAUCCCGAGGAUCGCAGCAGCUUACAGGAGCAUCGCACGGAUGCUUCGUGAUGUGUUUUCAUCAGCAGACAUGAGCACUGAGCCCUGAGAGAAGAGCAGCAGGAGAAUGAGACUGCACUUUGUGGAUAAACAAUGGCAGCAGGGCCAGCGGAUGGUGAUCUACGGGGCGGUCUUCCUCAUCAUGACCCUCCUCAUCCUCUACAGCUCCAACAGCUCGGCCGAUCUGUCCAGGUCCUUUAAGGUCAGCGAGUUUCACCGGGCCGUUAAACACACCAACCUCAAGAAAUGGGCCGGGAAGGAGGGAUACGUCCCCGUUCACGGCAACAAGAGCAUGACCCUUCACUGCCGUCAGUGUGCGCUAGUGACCAGCUCCAGUCACGUGUUGGGGACUCGCGCCGGGGACGAGAUCGACCGCACCGAGUGCAUCAUCCGCAUGAACGACGCUCCGACCUCCGGCUACGAGUCCGACGUGGGGAACCGGACCAGCGUGCGCGUCGUGGCUCACUCCAGCGUUUUCCGCGUGGUCCGCAAACCCGCCGAGUUCCUGAACCGCUCGGAGAACCCGGCCGUCAUAUUCUGGGGCCCGGCGACGAAGAUCGGCCGCGACGCCAAGGGCACGCUGUACCGGCUCAUCCAGAGAGUCAGCAUGACCUACACCAACCUGUCCUUCUUCUUCAUCUCGCCCGGCAAGAUGCAGAGGUUCGACACGCUGUUUCAGAAAGAGACCGGACGGGACAGGAAAAAGUCUCAGUCCUGGUUGAGCACGGGCUGGUUCACCAUGGUCAUCGCCAUAGAGAUGUGCGACAACAUAAAGGUUUAUGGGAUGGUGCCACCAAACCACUGUGGGAAGCAUCCUCAGCCCAAACGCAUGCCCUAUCACUAUUACAAGCCCCGAGGUCCGGACGAGUGCGUGACGUACCUCCAGAACGAGAGGGGGCGCCGCGGAUCUCACCACCGCUUCAUCACCGAGAAACAAGUGUUUGCUCGCUGGGCCAAGCAGUACAACAUCAGCUACAGCCACCCGACGUGGUGAGGAAACACCAGAGCCAAGAUGGCGGCUCUCCGCACCUCCGCGUGACCUUCUGAUCCAAAAUGGCUGCCGUUUCAAAUCGCCUGCUCGGAAAGGCAUCUGGAUUAGCGACCGAGCCGAAAUGGAACGAGCCACGGGUGGACAACCUUAGUUUUCCUCGACGUCUGAACUUGUUUCGGUCUCAAGCGUGACACACUACUGCCGUGACGUUUUCCCAAGCCUUCCCUCACAGUUUUUCUUCCGGCCUAUCGGAUGGAGAACGGAAGAGAAAGCCUUUAUGUCAGUUGCCAAACGGGAGAUUGAUUUAGAUCGCGUGAAACGAACAACUUCACGAGAUUAAGAGAUUAAGAGAGCGUUUUAUGGUGUAAAUAAGAACUGUGUAAAAAAAAUUGUCGUUCCGCAAAAAAAAAAAAAUAUUUUUACAAGUUUAUAUGGUUUUAAAAAUGCCCUAAACGAGAAAAUACUUUAAAUCGCACCAUUUUCAGGUAAAUAACACAUUUUCUGUACUUUUAGGGAAGGUGUUGGAUCAGAGACUUAUUUAUGCCUUUAUACCUUUAUGAAUGAAAUCUAUGAAAGUUGAAGAAUAUUCUAUAACUCUAUUUAAUAUGGUUCACUGGAUCAUCUAUUACGAGAACGUGUCCGGGUCGUUUUUCAUCACAAAAUUAGAAUCAAUUAAAAAUGAUAAAUGAAUGUGUUUUAAAGCAUUUAAAUGCAUAUCAGAGCCAGCUUUUAUUACUUAAAUCACAAUUAAUUUAAAUUAUUUGAUGCACUAAAUGCAAUAUAUGCUUAUUUGAAAUAAAGUCAGCAUAUCGUGAUUAUUAUUACUGUAUUAUUAUACAGGGUACGGUCUUGGUAACUAUAUUGCAAAUCAUUUAAAUUGUUUGAAAUGAAGCCGAAAUAAAAUCUUAAAACUUAAGAUUUUUAAAUGUUGCUUUGGCAAAUAAAUUUUAGUUCACGUAGCAAUUUUUAACGCUAAAUAAAAAAAUACACGAUUAAAAUGAAUUAAAUAUUAAAAAUGCUAAUAAAACACACCACAAAAUGAUUCAAACGUAAACUGAAAUUAAGACAAAAACUGAAA